AUGGAUGUCUUGAAAAAUAACAUAGUCGUCGAAGUUCAACCCGUUGACGUCCAACCCGUUGAAAUCGACACACGCGAUGAUUCUCCAGAAACCGCAUUCGGCAGAGCCAUUAGGCAAUUCUUCGGCAGUCUGCCGGAGAGGCACAGGAACGACCCUGGGAAUCCAUUCUUGAAAGAGCUCGCUGCUAUCGACCUGUCGAAGCAGUCAGCCCCAUUGGCCCUCGACGGCACAUCCUACGCACAGGAGUCUAUGCAAAGUCUCACAGCCUGCAUAGGGACUCUAGAUGAAAAACGCAAGAAGAAGCGCGGCCAUCAUCUAAUGCUGAAGAUAGCGCCCUUCCUGCAAAGAUUCGAGCGUGUCUCAAAGGUCUUGGAGCCUUUAGGCCAAGCUGGUCCUAUGGGAACUGGCGUCAUUUUCUCGGGUACUCGAAUCGUUCUGGAGUUGGCGAUCGGGUUCCACGAGUACUUUGAGGACCUCGUGGAUGCUCUCGCCGAUAUUGCCGAUUACUUCAUCGUCUAUGAGAUGUAUGGGAAGACAUUUCACGACUUGCCAGAGUUCCAAGACCAACUAGUCCGCUCCUACACGACAAUAAUCAACUUCUGGUACAUAGCGUCCAAGCGACUUCUCAAAACAUCACUGAGAAUGAUGGAUCCAUUCGCUUCAUUGGGCGAAGAGAUGACGCAGGCCAAGGCAGCGCUCGAGAAGAACAGCAAUGCCAUUCACAAGCUCGCGGCGGCACACCAUGUCUUUCGAUCGCAUCAGAACAGACAGCAACAGCAAAAGGAUGGCAUUCACCAAUGGAUACUAGGAGAACAGGCUGAGCAGAUUGACGUCCUGGACGAUGUGAAUGUGCGAUUGACGGCUCGUCACCCGGGUACCUGCGAAUGGAUUUUCGAGGACUCUCGCUUUAUCGAAUGGCGAGAUUCGAAGAAAAAGGCUGUUUUGUGGUACAAUGCUCAAGCAGGGUCGGGCAAAAGCGUCUUGACUUCGGCCAUCAUCGACCACCUUAAACAGAGAGGAGGAAAGAUAGCAUGCUUCUUCUUCUCCUUUAACGACGACCUGCGGAAACACGGUAUUCACGCCUUCAGAUCGCUGAUAAUCCAGCUAUUUGACCUCCUGUCUCCGAACCUAACUGACCACUUCGUACAACUCUGUCUGGAGGAGAAGCUGAAGGACUACACACAGAAACGGGCACUUACCAAAAUCAGUGUCGCUACAAAGCUCGUUCAUGAACUAGUCAAGACGCUCGAGGUUUUCGUGGUGGUUGACGGACUUGACGAGUGCAUCGACAUGGACUUGCCAAGCAACGAGCAACCCGGAAAGCUCAGACACGAUAUGCUAGAAGAUCUGGUGAAGAUGGUCCAACAAAGGUCAUAUGGCAUCGACAGGUGGCUAUUCACCAGCCGCAAGGGACAUUCCAGAAUCCGUCGGGCGAUGGAACAACUCAACGCAGUGGAGAUUCAGGCUGAUCCAGCAGUCAUUGCCAGAGACAUAGAAUCAUAUCUCAACGACAGGACUCAUCAAUAUCGCUUGCUAGAUCCAGGGACAGAUGAUAGCUUCUUGUACGCCACAUUUUUAUGCCACACACUCAAUAGCGGACAAUGUCUUGCGGGGAUUAUCAAAGAGCUCCGAAGCUUCCCCUCUGGCUUGAACGGGUACUUCAACCGCUCCCUGGAGAAAAUCGCCGAACACGAGGAGUGGAAGCAGGAAUUCGCUCGUCAUCUCUUUUUGCUUUUGGUUACAUCGCACCAGUCUCUCACUUUCGAUGAAGUCGUUGAUGCGCUGUCCGUUGACCAAGAGAGUACUCGUUCCAACAAACACAAUGUGCAGAGGAAUGCUAGAGAGCUCAUCGAGGAUUUGUGCGGACCACUUGUGAAAUGCGACCCUGUCGUCAAGUUCUCCCAUAAGUCUGUUCAAGAUUAUUUCCAACAAGACCCGAAAAGGGAUCGAAACAUCAGCGAACGCAUUCACAUGUUUUUUGUUCAUGACAGCGAUGCAGCCAAUACCGAACUUGGCUUGGAUUGCCUAACCUAUCUCAUGUACGAUCGAUAUGAGCAAUUCCAAGAUAUCGACAAUCUGCUGGAGAGCAGAUCCAAGGAGCACUCGUUCCUUCGGUAUGCGUCGACUUUCUGGUUUCAGCACCUGUUUUCCAUCCAGCCGGAUGCAGCAGUCCGUCAGCGCGUUGAACGCUUUCUCAAGAGCAAGGCGUUUUGGACCUGCCUGUCUGUUCAAAGUCGAGUAGCCCCUUUUCUUUUCGGGUUCUACGCUCACCGCGAGACCGGGUCCUUCCAAAUGGACAUCAGAGGGCACACAUACAUCAGAGGUGACCAGUUCGGUGUCCCGUUGCCUGGGUGGCUUGACGGACCGUCGAAGUACCUGGAUCAGUCCUUCUGGUGUUUCGUCAGGGAAUGGAGAGAGGUUCUAGUGACCUGUCCAGCGGGUUUGAAGUAUUGCUACCCACUGAGGUCCUUCCCCGAGGGCAAGUCCUGCUACCUGACCCCUCUUCAAGAGGCCGAGGCUUCAGACUCCGAGACUUCAAAUCAGUUGCAGGUAAAGGUCGCCAACCUGGAAGAGGUUCCCUCAUUGGGCUGCAUGGUGGGCAUGUUUGCCUUUGACCUCCACUUCCGGACGGGAGCCUCGACGCGAUGA